AUGGUGUUGUCCAAGUUCGAAUCGCUCUCUGUCCGCCCGCCCACUCCACCAAAAGACGUCGAAGAUAGCGACAAGGACAUCGACGUUGACGAAACGCUCCAAUUUCUCGAGGAUCCAUUCGGAGACAGACCUGCACAACCAAAGGCCGUUGCGAAGGUCGCGGCGAAAAAGCUGUUGAACACGCCAGAGCAGUCGCCAUCCUCGGAUAUCAGCAUACCGUCCAGCUCAGCCAGGAAGAAGCGAGUCAACUUCGAGGUCCAGACAUGCGCGUCUCCGCACAAGAAAGCCAUCAUCAAGUCGUGGACCCCAACGCGUAGCUCACCACUUCGCCCUCUGCCUCAGACACGCGUGUCGUUACCGCUCAAGUCGAUCCUCAAGCCAACAGAUGCGACCGCGGCUUCCCCACACCACGACGAAAGCGCCGCCGCACACCAUUUCAAGACGUUUGGAGAAAUGUUGGAAUCGAUAGUCAAGCAGCUGGCUCAGGGAGAGCGGCCGUCAAGAUUGGACGCAUAUCACUCCUUGCAGCGUACCAUGCAGGCCUACGACAAAAUACCAGACGAGCAGGUGCUGAAGAACAAGGUUUCCUUGUUGGCACAAUUCAUUCGACGAGAUGCCCAGGCCAUCAGCCCCACAGGCAAUGGGUUGGACUCGCAGCUCAUUGCUCAGGCACUUAAGCUCCUGAUGGCUCUUUUCAGAGUACCCGAUCUGACGGCGGCCAUGGAUGAAGACUUCUGCUCUUACAUGAUGGAGCGGACCAUCCAGGUCCUUACCGACACCUCAGUGUCGAAGAGCGUUGUCAACAUCCAUCUCGCCAUGCUCAUGCAGCAAAACUUCCGUCCAAGGACCAUGACCGCACUGCGUGUAGAAAAGAUCAUGGACGGUCUCGACACCAUUCAGGACCGCGUCAAGGGCUUCUCGGUCCAAGCGUACCGCCUCCGCAUCUACAGGAAGCUAAUUCAACAACGACCCGAUCUCAUGAUCAAGUACACCGAACGGUGGUUCAAGCACACCUUCAAAGCGUUGGUAUCAGGCCACAAAGAUAUCAAUCAGAGUGCCCUCGAUACUGCCAUUGCUGCUGCUAAGACAAUUGGGCCUGAUCGUUCUCUUGCCAAAUCAGUACUUGCAGUCCUCAAUAAGCUGAGGAACGAUGGUGAAACAACUCUAGCCAAGGUGAUGGCACAGGAACUACAAAAGAUGCUUGAUGGAGACAAUGCGUCCAUGGUCCCUCAAAUCUGGUCGUCCGUAACAGGUCUUCUGCAAGAUCACAUCGACAGCAAGUUCUUCACCGAUCUGGGGGAAUGGUUGAAAGUGUUCGAGAAAGCUCUGAAAUCCGACAAUGAUCAAGUCAAGAUCAACGGAAAUGUGGCAUAUGGAUUUCUUCUCUAUGCUGUGAACGCAUCUACAGAUACCGCAAAGGGCUGGUCGAAGUUCCUGUUGAACAUCCCCUUGCAACAGCUUCAGAGACGAGGAUCGAUGAAGAAGUCGGAGCGGGAGUCUAUUUUCUACGGUUACCACACUCUGCUUUACUAUUCGUUUCGUCCCACUGCUAGCCACGAACAACUCGACCGAUACUGGACUGAGUUCGUGGUAGACUUCUGGACCCCAUUGGUGCACCAAUCGCCCUCAACACAAGCGGCCCACGCAUGCCGCAUCGUUUCAGCUCUUCUCAAUGGAUCGAGAAACCCAUGGAACGCGCAAAGAGCUCUGGAUCUUAGGUACCAGGCCAUGACACAACGCUCCGAGCUUCCUCUCGUUGACCCAAGAUGGGUUCGCAAGUCGCUUGCUUUGAUCCUUAAACUUGUGGAGACUUUGCUUGACACGACAGCAUGGUCCAACACCGACCAACAAGAAGACGAUCCAGUGAAGACAAUGUGGCUUGCCCUCCUGGACUCACUGAUCGAGGCAAGCAGCAAGGAGGUUAUGGCAUCGACAGAAACCAAGGAUGCCAUGGCUCAUCUCGUUAACCUCCUGCGUCGCGUAUGGGACCGUCAUACAGCUCAGCUAGCUUUGCCCCAGCACAAGGAGGAUAUCUGGGCAGACAAAUUCUGCUUCUUAGUUGAAAAUGUGGUCCAGAAACUCGGUGCACUCCAGUUCGCAGAUAGGUGUCUUAUUCGGAACAGUCAAGAUGAGUUUGAGGUCGCAUCAACGCCUUCGUUCCGCGCCCGACACAACGGAGCUCGGAUCUCACCCUUCUUGUACUUUAUCGAUCUUCUUGUCAACCAGUCGGAAGGCAAGCUUUCCGACGCUGUCCGACUGCGCGCAAUGAACUUGAUCAUCGAACCUGUUUUCGGUGCUCAAAACACUCGUCUAAGCAAGCUUGAGCUGCUCCGAGAUUGCGCUACAAUUGUCGACGGGUCACUGAAAGCAGCUGUUGCACUGAACUUCUGGUCGCAAGUUGGAGCAUUACUCAAGAUAUCGAUCGAGCAACAAGUACCCGACUCGAAUGAGCGUGUCUCUCGCCAGCUGGGUAAAGAGUACGAUGUUGUGGUCGAGGUUCUCAGCCUGAGCUCUGCCUACCUCCUAAACAAGUCACGAGGGCUUGAGGUUCUUCUGGCCUUCAUUGUCACUGUGCGCAAAGAAGCUGGAGAUGGCGCUCUUGUCCUUGCUGUCAUUGAAAGAAUAUCCGAACGUGUACUGGCCCGCACGGCCGACAAAACUUCGUGUCUGCCCUACAUCAGCAUGCUUCUGCAGAACCUUCCCAGCAAGACGAUCAGUCGGCGAGUUCUUGACCAAGGCAGACACACUUUGUGGCCGUCCUCACCCGCGUCAGGGCGCAGUCACGAUUUUGACCCCUACAACCAUCUUUACAGCGCAGUAAGCUCUGUGGGCUCGGCUGCCUACAACGAACUCGACUUCGAAGAUGUCGAGUCGAUUAAAAAUUUCCUUUUCGCCCUGGGUGCUUCUAUCAAAAAUUGCUCAACCUCCUUACUGGCGGUCUACUUGCGCAAAACGCAGGAAGUAGUUCGAAUCUGGGUUGAAGACUCGCAAAGGAAGCUGCAGAAUAAGGAGCCAAUCUCCAAAGCUCUCCAACGUGAAGUUGUCAGCCUGUGGAAGGAAGUGAGCGAGGCAGUCGAGCGACUCCCACGAAAGGACGGCCAGGUCCUCUUACAUCUCGAACCACUGAUCACAUCUGGCUUCGUAAGUCGACGUCGAAAGAUCGUCAACAUCUCGAUCGCAACUUGGAGCAGAACAUUUGGCAAAGAAGACAGCCUCCGAUACCCUCCGCGUCUUGAAGCUGUUUUGCGCCGCUUGCACAGUUCUGUCGAGCUUCUUCUGCCUUCACUAGACUUCAAAGAUGACCCCGCCGACGCUGAUCUGUCCUUCUAUGAUUCCGACGAAAGCACAGAAGAACUCAGGCGAAGCACCAGGAGUUCCCGUGUUCGAGAAUCUCCUUUCAAGAUCAGCAAAUCUGCGCGCAACCCCAAACACCAAUCUCCUGCAGUGUCUUCUCCGGCAAGCAGGAGAACAUCGUCCCGCCGAAUACCCAAAGUACGCUUACGACAUGACAACUCGCAGAUUCAAUUCGAAGCUAUUGUAUCUUCGCCCUCCAAUCCUUUUGUCCAGGAAUCGCAGAUCUUGACCGAGAGACAGAAGGAAAUGAUUGAACGUCAAAGGCUCGCGGGGGGUCUGUUUGCCAACAUGGGCGCCCCCUCCCCACAGCGAGAUGCUCCACCUUCUCCAAUGGAACUUCACUCUGACGUGCAAAGUGUGGAUGACCUGCCGACUCGGAGUACACGCACCACACCACUGCAAGCUCUCGCCAAAAUGGGUCCCAUGGAUGUCUUCCUUGGCUCGUCGCCUACACCGCACGCACGACGUAGCUCGCAAAAGGUUGUUAGCGACGACACUAAUAUCGCCACACCUACUGCUGUGCGUACUGUGCGUCUUGCCGACGACGAAGAACUAGGAUCUUCGCCGCCCCAUUUCGAGAAGAGCUAUACGUCCGAGUCGAAGCUGGCCCCUGGUGAAGCCCCAGAAAACCUUGAGGCUGGUCAGCCUGAUAGCUUCUACUCUGCGUCAUUCGAUGAUGGCACCACGAUGGACGAGGAAGCUUUAGCUGCCGCAGUGACGUUAGCUGAAGAGAAGGAUCAGCUCAAUAAUUACUACAAACCCAGCGACGAUAUCAUGUCCGACGUGCCGAGCUCUACAAUCGAUCUACAGCUCACUGCACAGAUUGAUGCAGACAUGCAAACCGCCGAAGCAACUGCAGAACCUGACGAAACGGUUCCAGAGUCACACAACAUAUUUCUGGACGCGACUUCUCAUCCUACUUCGCAAAACGGCUUUUCUGCGACACAAGAUGGAAGCGAUACUGAAGUUGAGCCCACUCCUAAGUCGAGCCGCACGCGCAAGAGCAAGAGCGAGCGAGCAGACACAAGUCGUACGAGCCGUGUGGGGGACUCUUUCAAUCCCACUCCUGGGAAAAGCACACCAGGGUCGCAAGAUAUUCGACGUUCGACGCGCCACAGUAUGGAUAGUCCGAUCCACAAUCAACUGUCGAGUGUGAAGAAGCGCAAGAAGCCGAGGAGGAGCAAGGCAGAUGAGGCACAAGACUCUUCGCCAGUUCCAUCCCAGCCUGACCAGACUGAGAUUGAAUCGGAAUCUGCGGUGGCUGGAUCGCCCUCGGAAAGGACCAGGAGUGCUAAAAAGAGAAAAUCUAUGGGCGAAUCAUCGAUGGUUGCAGAAAGUCCUGUGUCCGUCUCUGAGUCGGGACGCAAACGCAGCAUGCGCCGAUCGCAGUCGAACCUUAGCCAGAUGGAGAGUGCUGCUGACAUUGUGGAAGACACACCUGCGCCCUCCAAGCGAGCAAGGCAGAGCUUGACCAAGGAUGUCAGCGAAGCCAAGUCCACACCACCUCCUCCGCCCGGAGAGACACAUUCCUCGCAGAGUAAACGCCUCAGUCACAUUCAAGUCACUCCUAGGCAUGAUAAGGCUACUGCCCCUGCCGUAGCGGAGCAGAUUGCUGCAAGCAUAGCUACUGUAGCCAACACCGCUCCUGUCACCAAGCACCCGAUAUUAGCACAGAGCCAGAUUCAUUCACAGCAGCUGGUUCCCACCGGUAGCGCUACUCCGAGUCGCUCGUUCGCGGAACGUGUCAUUCUUACUCCUAGAAGUAUCAUCAACAAGCUCAAGGAGAUCAAGAAUUACUUCCUUGCCGUUCCCAGCAUUGACAUAGCAGAAGAACAAGAAUUUGACAUGGAAAUGUUUCACCUUCGGGUCGAGAUGCAUGCUGCUGGGAAAAGAAGGGAAGCGCCGGAGAUGUAG